AUGGCACAGCAGUCGAUGAUGCGCUCGAUGAUCACUCCCCAGUCACAGCCUCCACAGCAUCCGGCGCCCACCAAGCUGCAGAACAAGGAAGAGGCUCAGCCUCCGGCCGCAGCGGCCGCCGCAGCGGCUGCGGCCGCUGCUCAGACAGCGCCGGCACAGAGCCAGGAUCCAAACAGCCACUUUACAUUCGAGGUUUAUCUACAGCGGCAUGAAGGCAUGAGGCUUGGCCUCAGUGUCCUUCCGGUCACCAUGCACGACGUCGCAGUGCUGUGGGUGAACGAAGUGUCUGAGGGGGGCGCUGUGGACGCUUGGAACAAGUCCGUCUGCUCCGCCUUCCAAGUUCGAAGUGGAGACGCAAUCACGCGCGUCUUCAAUGCAGUUGGAGACCAUGCCAAGAUGAUGGAGGAGUUGCAAAGCCACCGUAACAUUCGCCUGGCCGUCGUGCGGCAAGGGGGCAACAACCCGGCAGUGCCGGCUGGUGCAAAGGCGCCUGCAAAAGCUCCGCCACAACUUCCACAGCAAGUUCCCAAGUCCAGUGCACCUCGAGCUCAGGCUCAGGACGACUUGGGUCCACGUGGUCAGCUGGCGGGUAUUGGUGCAGCGGAUGAGAUGCAAAAUAUGCUAGCGGGCCAUGGCGCUGAAAGCGCCGCAAGCAGGAUGCCCAGACCUCCCAUCAGCCAGGCCCCGCCCAACGAGGCCACGGAGGAUGUGUUGGAGAAAACAUCCGCACCUCCCCCCGGUUUAGCAAAACCAUUGGUGCCUAUUGAAUCUCGACCUCUCGGAACAACUGGCGACGAUCCAGGUGAUUUGAUAGGGAGCAUUGACGUCCAAGAAAAUGGCACGAAUGGGCCGCUUCGUUUUCAGGUGGUCCUAGCGCGCAAAGGGCCCGGGCGUCUUGGUAUAGAUGUCGUCCUCAAGCGAGAGGCAAACUUCUGCGGCUUGUUGGUCUACAAAGUCAGUGAGGGCGGCAGAGUGGACGCAUGGAACAAGCAGAGCCAGAUGCCCUACCGGGUCUUGCCAGGUGAUCACAUCCUCGAGGUGAACGAUGUGAGCAUCAGUGGGGACAACAACCCGCAGAAUGACAAGUUUGCCGUCAGGAUGGUGCAAGAGUUGUCCAAGGACAGGAAAAACGUGCACUUUACGGUCGAAAGAGUCCCCUCCGUGUCUGAACUCUCCCAAGAGGAUGAGAGCGCCAUUCAGGUCGGUCUCUCCGACCAAGGCGAAGCUCGUCGCCGCCUGGAGGGGCAGAUGAUGCCUCGACAGGUAGGCCCCCAGCAGACCCCAGAAGGUGGUCAGGAAGCCGACGUGGCCCAAGGUGCGGUUGCAAAGGGCGGCGCGCAGCCCCCGGCUUCAAAGCCACCGGCAAAAGCCCAGGCUCCGGCACAGCUUCAAGCACCCCUGAAGCCGGGGCAGCCAACGCCGACUCCGCCUGCUGUCGCACCGAAGUGGCAGCCGAAGUCUUCGCCAGCUCUGCCAGGCCAAAAGUCUGAAGAGAGCGACAGCGUGGAUGUGGAUCUGGAGCCACCCCAAGGUGCAUUGUCCGCCACUGCCCUUGCAGAUGGUGAGGUCUCCGACCAGGGCCCUUCUGCAGAGGUCAGGGAGGAGGAGGAGAAAGUAGAGACAGCCGAAAAGGUCGAGGAAGAGAAAGACAAGGACAAGGACGGCAAAGAACCGAAAGGAUCUGAGAAGGAACAGGAGGACGCAGACGCUGCUCUUCCAGCCGAGACAGAAGCAGCAGACCAGGCCGCUAAGGAGGGCGCAGAAGCUUCCCCACUGCCAGCUAUGCAGAAGGCACCAAAGGCCAAGCCUGCCGACUCCGGCCCUCCUUUAGCUCCACCCCCGAGUUCUCCCUCCUCCAGGCCUCUGCCACCACCCCCGAAGGUGCAGGCGCCCCCGGCACCCCCGAAGCCACAGAAGGAAGAGAAGGAAGCCCAGGCCAAGUCGCUGCCUGCGCCGCCUGCCGGCCCGGCACCGGCACCUCCUCAAGGCGAUGAAGGCGAAAAAGCCGAGCCAUCCGACGCGCCAUCACCGAAAACCAAUGCGCAGACAUAA